UGCUGCCGUAUAUUUUUUUGCUAAUAGUUGCUUUUACCUUUUCUCUUAUUCUCCAAUAUGAAAAUAUUAAGCAUUAACGGACCAAGCCUUUUUGCAUCACCGUUGCAUUUACCUAUAAAAAAAAGGUGAUAAACUGAUGAUAAAGAAAUUAUCAUGGGGAUAGGCUCGUUUCAAACAUGGAUAAAUCUUUAAUUUAAGGGGAGGAAUAGAAGGAACAAUUACUGAAAAUUUAUGUAAGAAGUGAUAUGUAUCUGCACUUCCUUAAUUGUUCAUUUAUCAAAGAUAAACAAGCAACUAUUGCUUUAAUCUGAUGCGUUUCAUCAUUAUUCAGUCAUGAAGUGUAAGUGGGACACCCUGCCUCCUGUUUUAGAUUAUAGAAGUAACUCAUAUAGAUGUUGGGAGGUAAAUGUGGAAGAAAUGGUGGGAGAGUUUGUGAGACAUUUCGAGAAUGUGGUGCUUUGUGAGUUGUUCACAAAGCAUGAGACUUUUAACACUUCAAAGGCAGGACGACUGCACUACCAAGGAUUUCAAGGUUCACACUUGGCAUAUAAAGCUGACGGAUAUGUGGGAAACAACUCAGCUGUCUUCCCUCUCCAAUUACUUGGCUAUGAUGUGGAUCCGAUCAAUUCUGUACAAUUCUCAAACCACACAGGAUACCCAACUUUUAAGGGGCAAGUGUUGAAUGGAAAACAACUAUGGGAGUUGAUAGAAGGCCUGGAAGCGAAUAAUUUAUUGUUCUACACUCAUUUAUUGACUGGUUAUAUUGGUUCUGUCUCCUUCUUGAACACUGUAUUAGAAGUCAUCAAUAAGCUUCGGUCAAUCAACCCCAAACUUACCUAUGGUGGGUCGAUUGCUGCUACAGCAAAAAUUACUCCUGUGCUCCUUGUGAUUGUUCUCGAGAUCUUCUUGUCAGUUUGUGAUCCCGUUAUGGGUGACGAAGGAAAGCUUUAUGUGCCUCCAGAAUUGGUAUCAGUAUAUCGUGAGCAGAGACUGUUAGCUUGUGCUGGCUUUGUAACCUGGGGCACUAAGAGGAUCUUCUUGUCAGUUUGUGAUCCCGUUAUGGGUGACGAAGGAAAGCUUUAUGUGCCUCCAGAAUUGGUAUCAGUAUAUCGUGAGCAGGUUGUGCCAGUUGCUUCAAUGUUGACUCCUAAUCAUUUCGAAGCAGAACAGUUGACUGGGUUCAGGAUUGUGUCUGAACAAGAUGGCCGGAAGGCUUGCGACAUUCUUCAUUCAGCUGGACCAUCAAAAGUUGUGGUAACGAGCAUAAAUGUAGAUGGCAAUCUUCUCUUGAUUGGCAGUCAUCAGAAGGAAAAGGGUCAGUCUCCUAUGCAAUUCAAGAUUCUGAUACCCAAAAUUCCUACAUAUUUCAUGGGAACAGGCGAUCUAAUGACUGCACUGCUACUUGGAUGGAGUAACAAAUAUCCUGAUAACCUUGACAAAGCAGCAGAGCUUGCUGUAUCAAGUGUGCAGGCACUUCUUCUGAGGACAUUGGCUGACUAUCAGAUUGCCGGAUAUGACCCACAAUCAAGCAGUUUGGAGAUUCGAUUGAUUCAGAGCCAGGAUGACAUUCGCAGCCCAGAAAUUAAAUACAGGGCUGAGGCAUACAACUAA